GUAAACACACAGAGAGCUGUGCAGAGCAGCAGAGCAGCAGUAGAGAGCAGACCGUCCAGACGGAGCGACGCUGAAUCCAGCUCCUAGCUUUGGGGUCUUUUUUUGCGACUAACCAACCUUUUAGUCUAUAAAACUAUUUCUUUCCGACUUCAGCUACAGUGAUAGCUAAGUUUGGAAAGGAGGAAGGGGGAGAAACGCGGUAUCUUUUCUUGUUUUUUAGUCGUUUUGCGACAGUAAGAGAUGCUGUAGUAGCCAGCCUCCUUCACUACAUCACAACAGAGGAGAGACAGCAGAAACAAGACAAUACUUACCUGUUAUUUGCCUUUUGGACAGCUUUAAAAUGGAUAACCCUGCACCGAGGACAUGCUGUGAGUCUGUCAGAGACUUCUUCACUUCAGCUAAAUUCCUUAUUUACAUGGGACAUGCCCUGUCAACAUGGGGUGACCGAAUGUGGAACUUUGCCGUGGCUGUUUUCCUGGUGGAGCUGUAUGGGAACAGCCUGCUGCUCACGGCCGUGUACGGGCUGGUGGUGGCCGGCUCUGUGCUGCUGCUGGGGGCCAUCAUUGGGGACUGGGUGGACAAAAACCCCAGACUCAAAGUGGCCCAGACUUCGCUGCUCGUCCAGAACAGUUGCGUCAUCCUGUGUGGGAUCCUCCUGAUGGUUGUUUUCCAGUUCAAAGAACAGCUCGUGGAGCUUUACAAUGGAUGGAUUCUGACCACCUGCUACAUUCUGGUGAUCACCAUCGCUAACAUCGCCAACCUGGCCAGUACGGCUACAUCCAUCACCAUCCAGAGGGACUGGGUGGUGGUUGUGGCAGGUCAGGACAGCAGCACGUUGGCAGACAUGAAUGCCACAGUGCGGAUUAUCGACCAGCUGACCAACAUCCUGGCUCCCAUGCUGGUGGGCCAGAUAAUGGCGUUUGGCUCCCAUUUCAUUGGCUGCGGCUUCAUCUCUGGCUGGAACCUGUGCUCCAUGUGUCUGGAGUACGCGCUGCUGUGGAAGGUCUACCAGAAGACGCCGGCGUUGGCCUCGAAAGCCGGCCAGAAGGAGCAGCAACAGGAGCUCAAACAGCUCAGCGCCCCGAAAGACUUGGAGAACGGCCAGAGUCCUGAGGAGUCGUCUCAGCCGCUGAUGAAUGAAACCUCAGCCGUGGCCAAGCCCGACGCUCCCAAGCAGCACGGCUGCUGCUACCAGGUGACCGAACCCCUGCGCACCUUGAAGGCCGGCUGGGUGGCCUACUACAACCAGAACAUUUUCUUGGCCGGCAUGUCCCUGUCUUUCCUGUACAUGACGGUGCUGGGCUUCGACUGCAUCACCACGGGCUACGCCUACACGCAGGGCCUCAACGGCUCGGUGCUCAGCCUGCUGAUGGGGGCCUCGGCCGUGGCGGGUAUCUGCGGCACCGUCGCCUUCACUUGGAUCCGCAAGAAGUGCGGCCUGAUCCGCACAGGCUUCAUUUCAGGCGUGGCCCAGCUGUCCUGCCUACUGCUGUGUAUUUUCGCUGUCUUUGCUCCCGGGAGCCCCUUCGACCUCAGCGUCUCGCCCUUCCAGGACCUUUACACCCACCUGAUCGGAGAGAAGGCGCUGCCCGAGGCCGACCACAUCCUCACCAGCAUUCUUACCGGUGGAAACGCUACCACUACUGCUGCGCCAACUGAAGAGCUGCCACCUCUACAGUCCUACAUGUCUGUGAUUCUGCUGUUUUCUGGCGUCAUUGCUGCUAGAGUUGGCCUGUGGUCUUUUGACCUGACAGUGACUCAGCUCAUCCAGGAGAAUGUGAUCGAGUCGGAGCGAGGUGUGAUCAACGGCGUCCAGAACUCCAUGAAUUACCUCUUAGACCUGCUGCACUUCAUCAUGGUGAUUCUGGCUCCGAACCCGGAGGCCUUCGGCCUGCUGGUCAUCAUCUCUGUGUCCUUCGUGGCCAUGGGUCACAUCAUGUACUUUGGAUUUGCCUUCAAGAGCCUGGGCAGCCGCCUCUUCCUCUGCUGCUCGCCGGAGCAGAAGGCGGAGCCGGUGGACAGCCUCUCACUUCCUACCACCGUCUAACCCCACUAAAGACACUCUGUCCUGGGUACAUACUUCUCAAGCCUUACCCGACCCCCUGCAUCUUAUCAUACUAACAGCUUUGCUUGUAGCCGGCAGAAUGCGAAUGCUAACAGAAACCAGAGAAAAAGGUAACUUAACACGCUAUGCAUACUGUAGCCAUGAAUACAGCACUAAUCAUGAGUAGGAGGCGAGUAGAAAGCUAACCAUCAGUACAACUUUAGAUAAGGCAGGGCUCCUCUCACUAUUUCAGUGUGGGAGUCAGGUGAGAGCCGCUCACCUGUGGGUCCAUGCUCUUCGAUAUAUACAUGCACUGUCAACCACUUCUAGGCUUGUGACCCCAACGUGGGUCCUGUUAAAGAAAUCAGGGGAUAACACUGUAAAAAUCUCCUCCUUCUCCUAACAGCCUGGACCUAGCUGUCAAGAAUUGUAAAAGGUGCUCCAGCUAACUAAAGGGCAGAACUGACGGAGAAAUCUCGCAGGGAAGCGGGCACUGAGGCUCGGAUUAAGGGGGACGACUCUUGUCUGAGAAAAGAGAGAACGUCCCCCGUCUUCUGACACUCGCCUCUUGGUGCUGUAGCUGUGUCUGCUAGCAGUUCUCUAAUAGCUUAGCCUACAUAUACAUGUAUGAUGAGCAGGUAAUGGAUGUCUUCCUCCAGAAGGUUUUUUUAUUUAACCAAACACAAAACUGGGAUGUAGUCUCUCUUAACACGUAGGUAUAUAUGCAGUUAGCUGUAUUUAUUCAGGAAAUGCAGACGGUGGUUUUGUAUAAUAAUCAUAUCAUCAGUAUUGUGUCGCGUGCUCGCAGUUGUGCCAUAAGAACGAAAUGCUAUGCACCCUCGUCAAUAGCUCUCUCAGUUACCAAAGUCAAAGUCCAUAUGUGGCAUAAAAGGAAGUGAGGGAAAUCUGUCUGAAGCAUUCCAAAUAUGUAUUUUUUACAUCAGGUGACAGUAGUUGUGUAGGUUCACUAAUGCUUUCAUACAACCCCCUAGUAAACCUGGAUAUGUCUAAACCCACUCUGAGAUUGUACUUAAAAAUUUUUGUUUUCCUGAUAGUUUACGUUAAUACGUGUCACCUUUUUUGAUUUUUAUGUUCUCUUGAGUAAUUUUUUCAAUCAUGAUUGUUGUUACACAGGCACUUUAAGUGAUUGACGUCUGUCAUUACACCUAACGCGUGAUCAGGCAUUUGAUCAAUAUUUUUGCACAAGGCUGAAGUCCCGACUCCCCCCAUAACCCCAUAAACCCCAUAAACCCCAUAAACCCCAUCAACCUCCUGCUACAAUCUAGUUUCAAUCACUUCUAGUCUCUCCGUCAGUGUGUCCGAACGCUGUGUGUGGGGGAUUGUGGUUCAAAAAGGCACAUAUUGUAACACUCAUGAGGAAAAACUGUACCAGUCUGGAUACCCGAGUUUACCUCAGGAAGCCUCCCCCUCAUUCCCCCCUCCCCCUGUUUCCUCAAAAGUCAGCCAGGGAGCUUAGUCAGCAAACCUUGCCCGAUCUCAGUUUACCCUCUUCAGACUGCCAUCAGACUGAGUCCGUUUUUAGUUGUUAUUGCAGGUACGCUUCAACAGAGGUGGACACAUUUUACUCAGGUCAAAGUUGACAUCUUCGGCUGUACAGUGCUAGUCUAGAAAAUGCAUUUCAAUAGUAUCUCAUGUUAGUUAGUGGCUUUUUUUUGUUGCAUGCUACUUCUCCUGUGAAGUGAGAAUCUCAGACAUUUGUAAAGUAGCUUUACUUUAAAGUGAGGCUACUGGAUGUAACAGUAGCCACUGUGGAGACAUGUGACAAUUUAAAGUUCGCUAACAAUUCGCCACCAUAAGCUACUGGUGAUAGCAGGCCGAGCAAGGCUGCAGCAGCAAUACCCCGGACCGCACUGAACUGCUUACGAAGUCAACUUUUUCCAUUUGUAAGAGGAAUAAUGUGUUUUAUUACGUCUUUCAGAAAUGUACAUGAUCUCACUUUCAAAGAUCUACCCAAAUACAGUAACUAUAGUAGCUGGAACUAGUUAUUCUCCAGCCUCUGACCUUCAGCGAUCUCUGUUGCCUUAUUGUAAAUUAGCCUUGACGGCUGUUUAACGCACACACACGUGGCUACAGGAAGACGGUUACUAGCCGCACCCUACCCAAGAAAAACCAAGCCAGUCUAGCCAAGGUUUUGGUAAUGGGUGGGGGGGAUAUUUAGGUUGGAACCAGAGGUAGCCACACCAGAUGUAGGAGAACAAAAGGCCACUUUUUUAGCUUGCACUCGCUGAGUCAGGAUAUCUGCAGGUGUGCCACGAGGUGCAGACUCACUGGGAACGGAGCUUUUUUUUUCAUGUUCCAUCCGUGUUUAAUGUAACCUCAAACUCAACAAAACCAGCUCUUACAACGCUUGGUCUGCUGAUUCAGGAAUAUCUCACAUGGCCAUAACUCUAUAUUUUUAAUGUAAAUAACAUUAGCGGUCAGUCAAUAUAAACUGAAAUACACAAUUGGAAAAUGCUUAAAAUAUAUAUCUAUCUAUCUAUAUAUAUUGUAUGUAAUGUUGUCAUGCUGUUUGUCUGGAAAUGCUGACUUUUUUUUUUUUCUUUUUUACAUGUUUUUAUACACCUAGUGUUAACAUUUUGUGUCAAAUUGAGAUUUCUUAAAGAUUUUUGAAAUUUGUGUAUAAAGCGAUUACAUUUCUUUAAUUUCUGUAUCAUACUGCUUUAAUCUGACAAUAUAUAUUAUUCUCUGUGUAUAUAUAUAUAUAUAUAUAUCAGUGUUAUUGUAGAUCAAUAGACAAAAGCAUUAAAUCAUAAAGAAAUCAUGUUUAUGUAAUAAUCGCACUCCACUGAGGUCGUUGGUACUGAUUGUAUUGCAUGAGGUCUCCUAAAUAAAGACAACUUCAUAAUUA